AUGUCAUCGUCUACUUGUACCGGUCCGUUUUGUUCAAUUAAAAUGAAAGAAGAUGAGAAAAAAAGAAAAGUUGAAGAAGAGCAGACUAAAAAAGAAGAAAAAAGCAAAGCUGACAAUGAGCAAUAUUUGAAAGAAGCAGAAGAACGAAACAGAGAAAGAGAGAAACAAGAUCGUCGGAAAGAUGAACCUAUUACUGGAGUUUCGAGUUCUGCAUUCUCAGAAGUGUCAAAUGAAGAAGUUAUGGAUUCAAUCGCUGCAUCAAAUUAUCAAGGGACUACCGAUGAAGUUAAGGAGCAGUCAAAUGAAAACAAACAGUCAAAUUCUUCAACUCCUUCGACUCCACCCGUGAUCGUACUAGGGCUCUCAACUCUUCCGGAAGAACCUCCAUUCAAUCUACCUCAACUCUCUGCUGCAAAAGCAGCAAAAAUCGAUGCGCUCAAUCUGGCAGCGAAACGACAGGAAGCAGAGAAUUCCAAAAGAGAAAGAAGCAGUGAAUGGUCGACGGAACUUGGAUCAGGACAUUCUUCUGUUGAUCUACAAGACCCAGAAUCCAACAAAACAGAUGAACAAUCCAUUAUUUUUGUUCAGCCAACAGCCCAGAGUACAGAUGAAAAUGAGGAUGAAGAACAGCGUCAACAACCUGAUCCGAUUGACUUGAAUGCAGCUCCUUUUGUUCCUCCAACACCUCCUCCAGCAGAAUCUGCUCAACCGGGAGCUGAGCCUGUGACUGGACAUGUGGUUCCUAGUCACUGGCUGAUUUCAGUUUCACAUGGAAAAAGUUUACCCGGAACAUCGUUUAAUAUCCGUAAAAAACCUCAACCAGAAGUUGAAUCACUAACCCCACCGCCCGCUACAAGACGUUUUUCGAAUCAGAUAAAUGAGUUAUCACAUCUGAGAGGACCACCACUACAAACAUUCGGUGAUCAACCUGAAUCCUCGACCCUGCCAAUUGACCUUAGAAAGUCCAGUGGAAACGAUAAAUUAGGAUCCUCGAAUGAAAUGAAAGCACCUAUUCCAAGGGAAACAACACCACCAACUCCGCCAACGACAAGAGAACAAACUAAACCGUUGGGUGAAUCAUCUUCAUCAAAUCAACCGGGAUCAUCGAAGAAUCAGUCAGAAUCUUCUAGUCAAUCGGCUUCUCAGGCAGAAUCAAAAAAUCAAUCGAAGCCGAAACGUAUCGAGCCCAAAAUCAUUGAAGUGAAGCCAUACGAACGUAGGAAGCCUCGGGUUGUUCAACCAAUUAUUCUGCCUGAAACUCGUCCAGUUGAUCCUGUUGAACCAGAGAAUACGAUUCCGGCUGAAACAGAGAAUCCGAUCAAUGAUCAACGUGAGAAUCCUGUUGAGGCUCUGCCAGAAAACCCUCAAAAUGAAAACAAUGGAGUAAACUAUGUUCACGAGGAAAUUAAUGGUCGAGCUAGGAAUGCAACUCCAAAUACUGUAGGAACUCCAGCAUCUAACGACAUUUCUGAAACAGAACAUUCAAGAUCAUAUUGUGAUCCGAGAGGAUUACAGUGCAGCAAGUGCUCGAUUCAGUGA